AUGGGUGGUCUAAAUAUUUUAAGUUGUGUACUAACCAAGACAAAGCAUGCGUAUUACAAGGCCUCAAACAUAUCAGGCGGGUUCCCCGUACAAGGGGGCCUCUUCGACAGUGACGUGUUCGUUGUUGCUGGCCCCCGCCGCAAGACAGCGGAGCAGGCCCCCCAGGCUCUCCCCAGGGCCCCCAGCCGUCAAACGACGGGUCCCUCUUCGGGAGGUGUACUAGUACAUACCCCACGAGGGAUUAACAAUAGCGUUCCUCUUCACGGGCGAGAGAUAACUAUAAGAAAAAUUUAUAUUAAUUUAAAAUAA